GUCGUCACCGAUGUGCCGAACCCUUCAAACUGCAGCUCUGGUAUUCCAGCCAGCUCUGACGUCGGCCCUCCAAUCCGAAAGGAUUCUCGCCUUCCCUGACGCUCAAGAAACGUCAAGUGACCCGUGCGACAUUGGCUCGGACCCAGAAAUCCUCCGACGCAUCGUGGAAAAAGAGAAAUGGCCGGUGGACCUGUCUUUGGUGAAUGAUGGCUGGAACCAGAAGAAGGCUGGAUCUCGCUAUAGUCCGAGCAACGAUGCGAUCCGUGCUCGCGCCCGCGAUGCUCGACUGUGUUUGCGGGCGAAAUUACGGGAGCUGGUUUCCAAUGGGGCUGACGAUGCGGAGAUUGUUCUCGUGUCACACGGUGGAUUUCUGCAUUACCUUACGGGCGACUGGGAGGAUGCAUAUCGCCACCCGGGUACUGGAUGGGACAAUUGUGAGACGCGUGCUUAUGUAUUCGAAAGUGACUUCAGGUCCGAUCACGAUGAAGAGGCCUGGUUGAUUGAAACAAGAGAGAGUCGGUUGAGGCGUGGUAAAGAUCAUCCGAUGUAUGGAAAGGAGGUUCAGGGCAAGCUUUUCACUAUAGCGAUGGAGCGUUGGCAGGGCCAAGGGCUGCAACGACCAGACGAAGUAAAUCUGGACUCGAAGGUUAGAUAGAUUGAAA